AUGGUCGAUCUUGGCGUUCUCCAGUUCUGCGGCCGAUCGAUCAAAUCGAUUAAUUUAAUAUUAUCAAUAUUAUCAAUUAUCACUGCCAUCUCGAUUCUCGAUCUUGCUAUUCGGCCGAUCAGUGCCAUGUGUGUCUUGCCCAGCUUGGCAUUCUAUCACGAGUCGCCCAUUCGCAACUGGACAGCAGCCCCUGUUGAUUCGAUCCAAACAACCAAGAGGCCUAGUUCUAGCGACACGCGUUCAUGCUACGCUAAGCGUCUUAAAGCAAAUGACCAAUUAAACUUCAGUGAUCCAGACGCUGUUAGGCAACUCACUAGGACCUUGUUGGAACGAGACUUCAAGCUAAAUGUGGAUCUCCCUGAUGAUAGAUUGUGCCCACCAGUACCGAACAGGUUGAACUAUAUUCUCUGGCUCCAAGAUCUCCUCGACACGACGUCUGAAGUUGGAAACGAUGAAUAUGACCCUGGUAAAGAGAUUCUUGGUCUUGAUAUAGGAACCGGAUGCUGCGGUAUUUACCCCCUGCUGGGUUGUUCCAUGCGUCCGUCGUGGAAUUUUGUCGCCACAGAUAUUGACGAUAAGAACCUACUCUCAUCUCGGCAAAACGUCUCCAAAAAUAACAUGGACAGGCGGAUCAAAAUAGUGAAGACCAACCCAGACGAUUUUCUUAUUCCACUUGACAAGCUUGGUGUUGACAGAUUGGACUUUACUAUGUGCAACCCACCUUUUUACGAAUCCGAACAAGAACUACUUUACUCGGCAGCUGCAAAAUCAAGACCUCCUUUUUCAGCAUGUACAGGUGCAGCAAUUGAAAUGAUUACCAGCGGUGGAGAAGUCGCCUUUGUCACGAGAAUGAUUACGCAGUCUGUCACAUUAAAGACAAAAGUUCGCUGGUAUACAAGCAUGCUUGGUAAAAUGUCUAGUGUAUCAACUAUAGUGCAGAAGCUCCUUGAAGCCGGUGUCACAAACUGGGCUGUUACAGAGUUUGUCCAGGGGAAAGGAACUAAGCGUUGGGCUGUUGGCUGGAGUUGGAUGGACUGGAGGCCACGAAGUGAUAUUAGUAGAGGACUCUCUACCCUCCCAAAACAUCUACUCCCUUUCCCAUCACAUUAUAGCAUUGAGCUUCCCAAAGAAAAGAGACUCAACGAAGCCGGCAGGAAACUUGACGCCGAGUUCUCAUCACUUAGAUAUCUUUUCUAUACAUGGUCUACGCAUGAGUCAUGCAUUGGAUUCGCAAAGGAAGAUGUGUGGUCAAGAAAAGCCCGGCGAAAAUUCUCGAAAGAGCAACACACAAAGAGUUCCAAUGAUAGCGAUGAGAUGCGUGUCGAAGAGGAAUGGCAGAAUAUUUCAAAAGAAAAAGCGGAAUUAGGGUUUCGUGUUGAUUUGAGACUUGCUGCUGAUGAGAGAGUGGUGUUGACCAUUCGUUGGCUAAAGGGGAUAGAUCAAGUGCUCUUUGAAAGUUUUUGUGGCAUGGUCAAGAGGAAGCUAUUUGAAGAGACGUGA